CAGCUCGCGUCCGGCUCGUGCGAGUUCGAACUGGUAACGCACGAGCGUGAAUCUUCUUCCUGAUAAACAGGCCGCGUCGCGGCACGUCUCUGUCUGGAAGAACAAAAGUUUGGACCUGUUUGGGCCUACUAUCUGCGCGACGCUCGGUAGCCUUGAAUAUGAACGGUGCAUCUCGCGAGCUUGUCUUUAACCACAUUUUGUCAGAGUAUUCGUCCCUUUGAGGAUAAAAUUUCUCGAGCGGCCGCAGGUUUACAUUGUCGUCGUCUAACCUCAUUCCUAUUUUCCUCGCCCUAAAGGUCAUUAACAUCGAACGUCGCAAAUCCCGAUCGAGCUUCUUGACGAAUUUGCGCGUGCCGUCGUAGAGUUUCAUCGACUUAAAUCUGGUGUUGCUUUGGACCGUCGCUACAAAAAACGGCUAUGACUUUUGAGAACAAUCUGGGAGAGGAUGGACUGGAUUGUCCAUUGGAAGAGGAUCUUGAAGAAGAAGAAUAUGAUGCACUGAAUGAUGAAACAUUUGGUCCUGAUGCUAACAUUGGUGAUUGGGAAGAAGAUCAUGAGAAACUUGCCGAAAUUACAGAAUCAAAUCGCCUUCAUAAUCAGAGUGCAACAAGUAAAAAGAAUAUUUCUAACAUAGAUAUUGAGGAUAAUUUAUCACAUCUGGUAUUGGAUAAGGAAGGGAUAGUACCACGACCUGGUGUAUGGGGUAGUCCUUUAAAUUUAUCUCCUCCAAAAGCUCAACCACGAUUAUCCUUACCAAAUGCUUGUACAGUGGAAGAGUUGGAAAGAGGACUUGUUGCAAAUAGGCCACCUCCCGGUCUCAGCAAACCACAAACGCAACAACAAAAAAAAUGUGAUAGAGAUGUCUCAAAUUUUUUUGAAACUAUUUCAUUGGAGAAACUUCAUGUCAAUGGCCUACCUCCUCCGCGUUUUCCACCAGGCUUUGGUUUGCCUGGAGGACAUCCCAUCGUUUUGUCCAACAUAAGAACACCACCUCCACAAUUAAUGCAACAUCCUAGAUUAUUAGGUUUAAUAAAUCAACCAGGUAAUGUAUUACGUUAUCCUCCACCGCCACAUUUAAUGCUACAACAACCAGUAACAAGGCAAGCUCUUCAUGGCUCCUAUGGUUUUCCUCCUCAACUACAUCCUAAUUUAGGAGGUCCACAGUUCCUUCGGCCAGAUCACAUGAUGCCUGCAUUUCCUAAUAACCAAACCAAUCAUCAGCAACAUCAACAUUCUUAUUCACAUUUAGGAAAUCAGAGAAAUCAGAAUAGAUCUUACUACCAUAAUGAGCAACAAGCUGGACAUCAACCAUUUUUUAAAAAUAAUCAAUAUCCUCAUCGUAACCAUGACAGAAAUAAUCAAAGAUCUUAUCAUCAUCAACAUUACUCUCACAGCAUUAAUGGCAUUGCUUCGGGAGAAUACGAACACUCAGGAAAACUUGCUAUAAAAGCUCAUGAGAAGCAAUGGUUAAUUAAUAUUCAAUUAUUACAACUUAAUACAAUUCAACCAUAUGUUGAUGACCAUUAUUAUAUCGUCUUCUGUGAUAAACGGAAUAAACAACAUGCGAAUCAAGAACAAAAAGAUAAGAAACACCAUAAUAACAAUGGAUAUCACAGAGAUCAUAGAGAUUGGGAACCAACACCUCAAGCUGCCUCAAGAUCAGCAUAUACGCCAGCUCAAUUUGAAAAUUCAUUAGGCAAACUUCAUUGCAGCAGUGUAACAGCGCCACGUAAACUUAUUGAUAUGGACGUUGUAUCAAAUAGCGACUCUCAAUCUCCUCCUCAAACUCAACAGAAGGACACUAAAAAAACACGACAAUUACUUCUUGAAAUUGAGAGACUGUAUACACUGCUAUUCAAACUUGAGGAUUUGCGUAACCCUCUUGCUGCAAUUCCGGAAUCGCAACAGCAACAGGAAGGUGAAUCUGAAAUAAAUAUGACUAAAACUGAACCGGAAUUAAUAAACAUGACCUUAACGUGUCUACAACAAUUAAUACAAGACGAUAAAUUAGCCAGUAUGCUAAGUAUACGGAAAGGAAAGACAUUAUUACUGCGUUUUUUACCUCACCUGAAUGUGACAGAAUAUAAUAAGCAGUUAAGAGAAUUGUGGACUGCGAUAUUUAAAGGAUUAGCCGUGAUAGGCCGUAGAGAUUGUCAUAUAUUAACAGACUUUUAUUCUGAAUUUCGAAGAUGGCUUGAUGCCGUAAAAAAUUUUGAUACCAUAUUGCGAUUAGCAAGAGCAUUAUCCGACUCGGCUACUCAUUCUAUUAAAAAUAAUAGUUUAACUUUUGCUCUUAUGAAUAAGUUUGGAGUGUCUGCUAUAGCGGCGAUGCUUGAGCAAGCUGAACAAUUAUGCGUCACAGACGAUUCCCUGCCUUCUGAAUGGUCAACUUUUGUAGUUACAAUUGUCGAGAUAAUUGGUGACUCGUCACCCUGUGUUACACCUUGUCAACCAAUUACUGCAAAUACGCUCAAUAAACAUCUGAACCGGAUUUCCAGUUUAAAACUAGAAAGGUAUACAACGCUAGCGUGCUUGUUGACUGAUGCCAAUCCUUUACGAUAGUCGUAACGUUAUAUAAGUUACACUCGAAUUCUUUUUAAGAUUUGUCUUUUUUUUUAAAUGCGAAAAAUAAAUUAUGCUAAAAAAGAAUGAUACAUACAGACAAAUAUUUUAAUAUAAUUACUAAUGUUAUUGAAACAUCCAUUGUGUAUGAUAAUAUUUCUAAAUAGAUGCCAUUAUUUUACAAAGUAGAUUAAGUAUCUGAUGCGGGAUAUUAAAGAAAAAAAUUUAUAUAUGUAUAUAUAAGUAGAAAUAUUGUGAACAUUCUGAUGCACAAUGAGAUUUCUUACUCGUAUACAUAUAUAAUAUCAUCUUUCAUUGUACAUUUUGUAAACAUUAAUCAGUUUAAGCUCAUAAUUUAUUGCAUGGAGUAACCAUUAUAAUAUCAGAAAAAAGUAAACAUGCAUCAGAUAGAAGUACUAGAAUUGCAUGCCAAUAAUCUUUUCAAAAUGGCUUUUUUUUAAAUUACUGUAUGUCUUGUUUUUGUUCUGUAUAAUUAGUAUCUAAUAUAUAAUGUAAGACAUCUGAAAUUAUAAUAUACUUUACAUUGAUGAUAUCAUUUGAUAAAUGAGUGAUUAGUGAUAUUGAUCUAAGUUUUUCUGUGUUAUAUACAUUAUAUAUUUUGAAAUAAGUAAAUGUAAUAAUUUCAGAUGUUUUAUUUUGUAUUAAACUGCACAUCCUAUCUUCCUGUUUGCUAUAUUUCAUACUACUUUUAAUUAAUAUAUUUAGAUUUUUAAUAUAUUUAAAAAUAUAAAUUUUUCUGCUACUAUUGGUAUUCAUGUAUCAUUUAUGUACCAUUCUGCCAAUUGAUAUUUAAAUUAUGUUGACUAUAGUAUGUAUCAAACUUUUUUAUACAAGGAUUUUAAAUCCUAUCUAGAAAUGUAAUAUUUUACACUUACACAUACACACAUUAAAAGAACAAUUUCUUUUAUUUCCUCGUACACUAAUUUUUGUUUUCGAUAUCAUGUUUUAUCAUAGGUGUAAGAUGCAGAAGCGUUUAUAUUAGCAGCUUUAAAAUUUAUGCUGCUAAAUACUAAUCUUUUAAAGUUCAGUUUUGUGUAUAUUUUGCAAUUAUAUAUAUAUAUGAAUAUAUGUAUGUAAUGAUAUUUACGGAAGAGACGGGAUGUGUAUGUUCCCCUUUUUGUUUAUAUAAAAAGCAAAUAUCUAUAUUAUUAUGCAUACAUUAUGUAUUGUUGUAAAUGAAACCAAUAGUACUAGAAAAAGAAAAAAACUUCUAAGCUAUCAGUGUACAGACUUAUAUUUUGGAAAUAAUGACAGAUAAUCAUUUACACCGCACUGUUAAGAUAUAAUUACAAAGACAAGAGUAUACAACAAUUGCAUAAAUUAGUUAUUAGCAGCAAAACUGUAAUAGUCUUUUUAUAACAUUUGUAUUAUAUAUUAAGUACCAAAAUUGAAUUUCUAUCUGUUUGGACAUUAAAAGUGUACAAUAACGUUUUUAAUCUAGUUAUAAAAGACAUUACAGAUUCAUCAGUUUUAAGAAGUGCGAUCUUUCUUUUUUUUUUUUUAAAUACAAUAAUUGUUAUAGAUCAGAAAUAAUCUUGUAAUGAAAGGAAGAGAGGAAGGACGGAGAUUCUAUAAUUGCAUUGUAUGUUUGCAGUACCAUAAGAAUUUUAAAGAUAAUCUAAAAAAAUAUAUGAAGUGACAUGGCCUUUAGAAUAUUAAAUAAGAUGAUUACUUUUUAUCGCAGUUUAAUCUUGUUUAUGUACUUUUAGCUUGUACAUAGAAUGAUAUUACGAUGCGUGAAUGAUGGAUGCAUUUUGUAAUCAAAUGCAGAAAUAUUUAGGUUUCUGCCAUGUCAUAUGAUAUAACAAUACAAUAUUUUGUAGAAAUUUUCAAAAUUAAAUCUUCUUGUUAUUAAUUUGUAAUUUUAAAAUGUAAUAAUGACUAUCAAUUUAAGUGAUAUUUUUGAGAGUUGCAGACAUUUUGUAAAAGAGAAAUUAUUAAAAUAUUACGGAAACAUUAUGCGCAAUUUUAAUUUUGUAAAAAUAUGAUUUGAAUUUAAUUACAAUAUUUUUAUACACGCGCCAAUGUUUUUACUACAACAGUUUUUUAUUAAAUUGCUUCGCUAUGUUAGGCCACUAAAAGUUAAGGAUUGCAGCAUUUCAAUUGAUUUAUAUAUUUAUAUGAAUUAAGUUACAUUACCAUAUAAAUACACGUUAUUUCAAUUCGAUUAGUUUGUAUGAUUUAAACAAUACAUAAUAAAUAGUGUUAUACAGUGUAUAAUUUCUACUUUUAUUUUUCUACUUUUAUUAAUUAUCAAUACAAUUUUGAUGAUAAUUAGACGAAUUGAACAAAAAACCGAAUCAAAUGAGUACUCAUUUAUUAAUGCUUACGAAUCAUUUAUUAAUGUACAGCUUAAAAAUUUUGCUAAUUAGUGUUCUUAUUAAUAUGUAACAAGGUGGCAAAGAGAAAUAAAGUCUAUGUUUUUACAUAAAUGCUGAGAAUCUAGGGGAUACACAAUUGAUCCCAUUGAUCUGUAGACAAGGAUGCAUGUUUGAGAAGCCCAAAAGCUACAAUACAUUCUUCUUACUAUGUAACUGGGCUCGCACUUUAGAGCAAAUUGUAGAUGCAAUAUAUUUAUGAGUUGUUUCUUAGUUUCAAGCACUAAGAAUUUUUUAAAUGCCUUAUUUAAAGAAAUAAAUCAUAUGUUUUAGAAUAGAAUCUUUAUUUCAUUUUGAAUGCUUAAAUUCUACUUUAAUAAUUCAUAUGUUAAGUGGCAGGUAAGCAAUUAUUGAUGAGUAUAGUAUUUUCUUUUCUAAAGGCCACUAAAAAUAUGUGUAUGUAUAAUUUUUAAAAUAUAUUUUACAAAAAUAUGCAUACAUUGACAAAGCAAUAUGCUCUCGUUCGUACAGAUUAUGUAACAAUAGAAUUUGAAUUUUUUUUUACUGUCAUCAUUCAUAAUUCAAUAAUUAAUUCAUGUUGUGUUUUUUCACUUUGGUCCAACAUUAAUUGUUGCAAAAGUUCAAUGUUAUGUUACUAUUGUUAAUGGAUUAAUUACUCUAAAAAUUUAUCAUAGCACAGUAUAAUGAUAUAAAUCGAAAUCUAUUCGAUUUUUAUAAUGACAAAAAGAUUUUAUUACCCAUAUUAUAUACUUUAGUUUAAACCAAGAAUAUACCUACUCCAAUGGAUAUAAAUUACAUAAUAUAUGAUGAGUGAUGUUCGAUAUUCUGUUUGUAUCAUUGUUAUACAAAUCGAAGCUUUCGCUGAUGGAAAAAGCGCAUGAAAUGUCUUCUUGUAAAGUAGAUAAAGCGAUUAGAAUGAAAAUUGUGCGUUUACUUUUUGUGAUUAAAGAUAUAUUUUUAUAAAAAUGCUAUGUUUAUUAUGUUUAGAAACGAAACAGAUGUAAUGGAGUGCUAUGAAAAAAACGAGAUCGUUAUAAAUUAACUUAAGGAUCCUUCAUAGUUUAUCAUCUGUAUUAUGUCUAUUAUGUACUUGUCAGUGAUGCUUGUACAUUAAAAAAAAAAUGAUUGUAAAUUUAUAACACAGUCUGAAGAUAUAAUUGUAGCUGUUGUGUAUGUACAGAAUUGAUCUAAUUUGAAAUCAAAGUCUUAAAUAAAUGUUUUGCAUCC